AUGAGAGUUAGAUACCAAAGUGUUACUGCAUGCGCAGUAUUAGUACUUGUGGCGGUGGUUGUUGAAAUUGCAGAGUUAUGCAUUUGUGCAAAUUCAACAACUCUCCUCCACCCUCAGUGUCUUGAACGAGAGAGGCAAGCUCUUGUGAAGUUCAAAGCAUCCCUGACUGAUUCAUCAAACUUGCUUUCCUCCUGGCAUGGCCAUGACUGCUGUCAAUGGGAAGGGAUCGGUUGUGAUAAUGUUACUGGUCAUGUUGUCAUACUUGAUCUCGCUACUCCUUUUGUGAAAUGCCGGAGACCUAUGUGGGAAGGAGAAUAUUGGUUAAGAAGUGAUGAUGAGGACAACUGUUACCUUUUAGACGAUCAAUAUUUAGAAGCUGGGAAUGUUAAUUCAUCGCUGCUGGAACUGGAAUACUUGACUCAUUUGGACUUGAGUGGAAAUUUCUUCUAUCCGAGUCCCAUACCCAUGUUUAUUUGUUCUAUGCAACGCCUGAGGUAUUUGUCCCUCUCUCGUGCUUAUUUAAGUGGGAGAAUACCCAGCAAUCUUGGAAAUCUCACCAACCUCCACUUUCUUGAUCUGAGUGACAACGAAUUUUCACCAGCCAGCAACAUCAAUUGGAUUUCUCAACUGCCAUUGCUGGAGCACCUCGACAUGAGCUCUAUUUACUAUGGGUUGCAGGUUGAUAUUCUUAAUGUCACCAUCAGUGCUCCUAACCUUCAAAUCCUAAGUCUUGCCCACAAUAGACUUAAUGUAUCAAAUUUGGAUGCUUUCCAAAAUGCAACUUCUAUUGAAUUUUUGGAUCUUUCUUGGAACAAUUUUGACUCCCUUCCAUCCUGGUUUCACAAGUUUGAGAAACUCAAGCAUCUUUUUCUUUCAUCUAAUAACUUCCAAGGUACAAUUCCGGAUACUUUACAAAAUAUGACUAGCAUUGAGGUCCUUGACCUUUCUGACAACUCUUUCACUUCAGUUCCAUCUUGGUUUGUUGAGUUAAAGAAACUUGUCUAUCUCAGUCUUUCAAGUAAUAAAUUAACAUCCAUGGAAUGUUCUAUUUCAUCCAUUUUAAAAAAUAUGUGUCACCUGAAAAGUCUAUAUAUAGCAGGAAACAAACUCCAAAAAGAAUCCAUUGGAAACAAUGAUUUUUCUACCUGCAUUAGACAUGAUUUAGAGAAUCUUGACUUGAGUAAAAAUGAAUUUAACGAUCAUUUGCCAUCUUGGUUAGGACAACUUGAAAAUCUAGGCAACCUUUAUCUCCAUGAUAAUUUUUUCUAUGGUCUCAUUCCCCCUUCUUUUGGAAAAUUACUGAAAUUGAAAAAUUUAUAUCUAUCCAACAACAAGUUAGAAGGGGGCCUUCCUGAUUUCAUGGGACAACUUGUAAAUUUACAUGUCGUCGAUCUUUCAAAUAAUUCAUUUAAUGGAACAAUUACCCAAAAUCUUGAGCAACUUGUAAAUUUACAACAUUUUGAUGUCUCAAAAAAUUAUCUAAGAGGAUCCAUUCCUUCGAGUCUUGGUCAACUUAUAAAUCUAACUAAACUUGAUUUGUCAAUUAAUUUUUUAAAAGGAAUCAUCCCUACAAGUAUUAACCAGCUUGUAAAUCUUAAUAGGCUUGAUCUUUCAAGGAAUAAACUAGAUGGGAAAAUUUGUAUUGAUUUUCAAAAACUUGUGAAUCUAUCAUACCUGGAUCUGUCUUCAAACAAUUUGAAUGGACCCAUUACAGUGGAAGAAAGCAGGCUUUUGGUUCUCUCAGAAAUGUGGUAUUUGAAUCUCUCACAUAAUCAAAUCAGUGGGUCACUUCCUGAACAUAUUGGUCAUAUAAUGCCCAAAUUAGGGUACUUGAUUCUUGGAAAUAACCUCAUAAAUGGUUCAAUUCCAAAAUCAUUGUGCCAAGUUGAUGAUUUGAGUAUCCUUGAUCUUUCAAAGAACAGACUAUCUGGUAAAAUCCCCAAUUGUUGGAAGGAUAACAGAAAAUGGGACGAAAUAAAUUUGUCAUCCAACAAACUCACAGGGACUUUUCCAAGCUCAUUUUGGAAUCUCUCCACUCUGUCAUGGUUGCAUUUGAACAAUAACAGUCUUCAUGGAGAGUUUCUAGCAUCUAUGAGAAAUUUGCCAUAUUUAUUGAUUAUGGAUCUCGGAGAAAAUCAACUUUCUGGCCCCAUCCCAUCAUGGAGUGCGAACACAUUUCCUACACUACAAGUCCUAAGAUUGCGGCAAAACAUGUUGAAUGGUAGCAUUCCUUCACAGCUAUGUGAACUAUCAUCACUUAGAAUCUUGGACCUUUCUCGCAACAAUUUAAAUGGUUCAAUUCCUCGGUGCAUAGGCAAUAUUCAAGGAAUGAUUCUUGAGGGUUCUGCUUUAUCUGCUACUUCAUCUAUUGCUUCUGGACCUGCUCUUCCACCAGAUUCUGAUUGGCAAGCUGAGAAUGUCAAAGAAGUCGUGAAAGGAAGAGAACUUGACUACAUAAGAAUCUUGAAGUUUUUAGUCCACAUGGAUUUGUCCGAGAAUAAUUUGGUUGGCUCCAUUCCGAAAGAAAUAACAUUGCUCGACGGAUUGCAUAGCUUGAAUCUAUCAAACAAUCAUUUGAUCGGAAAGAUCCCUAACAAGAUAGGGGAUAUGAGAUCACUUGAAUCCUUUGAUGUUUCAAGUAAUCAACUCUCGGGCACAAUUCCAAGCAGCAUGCCAGCUUUAACAUCACUAAGUCUUUUAAAUUUGUCCUAUAAUAACUUCUCUGGACCAAUUCCCACAGAAAACCAGUUUUCAACUUAUAAUUCAUCGAGUUAUGCUGGCAACCCAUAUCUCUGUGGAUAUCCUCUACCCAACAAAUGUGGUUAUUUACAUGAAGAUCAUGGGAGCAGUGAACUUGAAGAUGAUGACAGCAAAUUAGAUAACUUGGAAAAGUGGUUGUUCUACCUUGUCAUUGCAAUUGGCUUUGCAACUGGGUUUUGGGGAGUUAUUGGGACUUUGUGGUUCAAGAAAACUUGGAGGCAUGCUUACUUCAGAUGGGUGGAAGAUUUAGCUGACACGAUCUAUGUCACAACUGCAAUAAGAAUGGCAAAAUUGAAGAAGUGGAUGAUGAAGAGAAACCGUGUUGUCGCUUGAUCAUGUAUUCAUGUGUGUGUUUUUAUUUUUAUUUAGAAGAAUCAAAGGUAGAAAUAAAUUAAGUAAAGUGAAUGAUGUUUGAUGCAUGUAUGAAUGUAUGUGUAUGCAUGAAUUUGUA